AUGGAGUCGAGCAUCGAGGCUGACUCAAGCUCCCCCAUCGAGGCCGACUCAAGCUCCCCGUCCACCAUCACCUCAGCGACUGCGCAUGUCGUCUCUGCGCCCAGGACGGCUGCGCCUGUCUUGUCUGGUCCUGCCGCGACAGUAUCGACGGUGACUGCACCCACCUCAACCGGCUCCGCCGUCUCCAUUGCCGUCAGAACUGGCCCUGCUUCGUCUGCCCUUACCGUCUCAGCUGAAGCACCUUUGGACCCCGGCAACGUCUUCGGUGUCCCUCUCGGACUAGUCCAAGAUCUGACGGGGGUCUUAGCCGCCCUCCCCCUUCUGCCGGCCGAGGUCGGGGCGGCCGCGCCUCCCCACCACCCCGCGACCGGGGGAUCAAGCAGCGCGCCGAGUACCAUUACGACCGCCACUGGCUCACGCGAGAGAGGCCGCCGUCCCAUCAGCGAUGAGCUCUUCAGGCCACCUCACGAGUCAGAGGAUCGGGCUCGCAUUGGUGAGGAUGACCCGCUUACGGCUUUCGAGGAGGCUGCGGAGGAACUGGCUGCGGACAUCGAUGCUCUUCUCGCUACACUGUCCAAUGCCCGUGCUGCUCGGGCACCUCGGGUCUCCGACUCAACCUCUGAUACCACUUGGACUGCUCCUGCCUACACGCGUGGAGCUGCACCUGCCCGCCGGCCUGUCGCAGCUCCUGUGCCUGGUCCCCUUCAGCCAGCUGGCUCUCCGACUAGCCCUCCUGCUCGCCCUCCUGCUCGUCCUGCGAGUGGCUUUUUCGGCGGUGCCCCAGCCCGCGCUGCGCGAGCUCGCGCUACUGCGGGUUCUCCUUCGCCUCCGAAGACGCCUCUCGAGGGCGUCCCCUUCUUCGACGGGCUCGUAGACGUAGAGGCCUGGAUCACGACGUACCAAGAUGCGAAUCGCGCCAAACCGAACAAUUUCAAGCUGGAGCAGUUUCUGUCCGGCCGCGCUUUGCUGUGGUUCAAGCGCAUAGCACCUGUCAAGGGCCAUCUCACUGCGCGCUCCGUCAUCACUCUCCGGGAGCACUUCGGAUCCCAGCCCAUCCUGGACCAGGAGCUGACAGAGGCGGAGCGCCAGUACAACAAGUCUAAGCAGGAGGGGAGCGUGUUCAGUUACGCCAUGACCUUCCGCGAUGUGGCCAAGGAGUAUGGCCAGAAUGUCGAGGCAGAUGCCACGAGGCAGUGGUUCUACUAUGGGCUGAGGGAAGAAGUCAGGAAGGCGGUGCGCGUACGCGAUGUCCACACUUCGGGCUUUGAGGGUCUCGUCACUGAGGCUGUCCGCGUUGAGAUGAUCCAGUCCCCGCGGGGCGAGAGAACGGGGGUGUACGCGAGUGUCUGCGAGCUUGAGGAGCAGACGCGCAGCUUGCAGGAGAAGCUCGCGAGGAUCAGGAUCCAGGGGUGGAUCUAA